CCCCCCCUCUAACCAGGAAGUAAAAUAGCUCCUGUCUUUUCACCCAGCGUUCGCUAGUCCUAAAUGUUUAGCGCGUUGCAAAGUGCGUCAAAAUGACCGAGGUAGUGAACGGUUCGGACUUCGGGGGAAUUACGGUGCAUGAUUUCUCCGAGAAGAUCCUGGAGCAGGUCGUCCACUUCCACGUGAUGAAGUUGGAUGGCGGCUUCUUUCUGUGGGUCGGUUCGGCUCCGGUUCUGUCCAACCUGGCGGUUUCCAUGAGCAGCAAAUACGAUUUAAUGCCAUUAUCUACAUUGGUGAUGGGGGAUCCGUCCAAUACUGCUGCAAACUCUUUGGCACAGAGGCUAGCAAAGAAGACCAAAAAGCAAGUAUUUGUGAGUUACAGUCUUCCGAUGACGGAUUCCAGCCUGAGUUUGUUGGUGGAAAACCGGAUCAAAAAGGAGCUGGAGCUUCACCCUGAGAACUUCUGAAGCACAUCGCUCUUUUGGACAUUUACGUACAUAACAUCACAUCAGCGCCUGCUUCUUUUUUCUUUUUUUUACUCUGCUGGAACCAAAACUUCCCAACAUGCGCGCACACAAGAAAAAGCCACACACAAGCAGUCACAUCCACUGUUCUUUUAUUGACAUAAUAAAUUAAGUGGUUUAUUAUCAAAACACGUAGGCCUAUGGCUUUCUGUACAAAUGCAUCUUAUUAAAAAAAUAACACUUAGAAAACAGCAUUGGGGGCUGUGUAAUUUUUUUUGUGUGUAUUUUUUGUUGAUUUACCUGUUAAACAUACAAACCAAUAAGCAGUACAACACUAAUGGGGUUUGAAUCAUUGGUUGGAUUAGUUGGCUGGUUCCUCUAGUCGAUGUGCUUCUAAACCUGUGGCGAUCAUGACCCGUACAUUAAUAAUGGAUGGCACAUGUACAAAUCCUAGUGUGUAUUCACAUAGUAUAAAUGUUCACAGUUACAGCUAGCCUGGAUCUACGCCGCUGUACUCUAAUCUUCACACGUUUACUUCAAAAACAGUCAUUUGUUGUGCUUUCUGUCUAAUGUUACACAUAGAAACGGCAGGAUUAUUAUAACGAUGCUAAAGUACAGGGAACAAACGGUGACGAGUGGAGUGGAAAUAUUUGCUAUUUAAGGAGGUAAUAACAAGUUUGCCCUUGGCAUCAUUAGAAAAUAAAUACUGGACUUCUUCAGUUACAUCUUUAAUCUAUAAAAAGAAAAAGCCAGAGCCACGGAGAUAAAGCCAUUGAAAUGCUGAGAUGCAUCAUUUAGACAAAAAGCAGAACACCGCCCUGAUGUCCGUUCAGCUCUCAGAUUUGUCUCAAGUCUCAAAAAAAAAAAAAAAAAAAA